GAGAGAGGAGGGAGCGAGAGAGACUGACAGAGCGAGAGGAGAGCAGAAGAAGAAGGGAUCGUAGGAGAGGAGAAAUGGACAGCCAAAAAACGCAGCGAUUGCAGAAUUUUUGCAGCGCCAUUGGUUCGGCAUCCGGUCCUUAGGCUGGGGCGUGAUUUCAGCACCAAGGGGGACUGGACAGCACCCAGAAGGGGACUCCUGGGCACAGAGCAACGGCAGCAGCAGCAAGGAGCCCGGCUUUGCAACAGAAAAGCAAGGUCAGUCCGAAGCAAAGCCAUGCACACAGGCAGCUCUUCUCUACCACCGCUGCACUCCCUGCCUGCUUCUCUCUAACAUGCAGUGGCUGCUUAUAAUUGCUAGCAUUAUUCCUGUUCCAAUUAGCGAAACCGGCCAACAGAGAUCUACUUAGCUUUUUUCGGGAGGCUUCAGGAGGGGUUGAGGAGGGGGAUUUUUUCUACUUUUUCCUUUUUUUCCUUUUCUUUUCUUUUCUUUGUUUUCCUUUUUUUUUUUUUUUUUUUUUGCGUGCCUUGCAGUACGUGCCUGGAUAGUUUGUGGAUAUAAUUAUUGACUGGUGACUGGGCUGUUGCAGUGUAUGUGGGGGGAAGAGAAAGGGAUAAAGGAGAAAAGAAAUCGCCCCCCACCCCAGCCUCCCUACCCCCCACACGUCCCCCUCCUUUGGUGGUGGUUCGGACAUCUCCUCUCUCGAAUGAACUGGAAUUGUUUUCGGUGUGAGGAUGAUGGUUGCUGUUACUUUGUGAUGACAUCGGGGAUGAAUUGUUCGGUUUAAAAAUGCUGCUUUGGAUUCUGUUGCUGGAGACGUCUCUUUGCUUUGCUGCUGGAAACGUUACAGGGGACGUUUGCAAAGAGAAGAUCUGUUCCUGCAACGAGAUAGAAGGGGAUUUGCACGUAGACUGUGAGAAAAAGGGGUUUACCAGCCUGCAACAUUUCAGCGCCCCAACUUCCCAGUUUUACCAUUUAUUCCUGCAUGGAAAUUCCCUGACUCGACUUUUCCCUAAUGAGUUUGCUAACUUUUACAAUGCAGUCAGUUUGCACAUGGAAAACAACGGUUUGCAUGAAAUUGUUCCUGGGGCUUUUCUAGGGCUUCAGCUUGUAAAACGUUUGCAUAUAAACAACAAUAAGAUAAAAUCGUUCAGGAAACAGACUUUCCUGGGGCUGGACGAUCUGGAAUAUCUCCAGGCAGAUUUUAAUUUAUUAAGGGAUAUUGACCCGGGAGCAUUUAGGGAUUUAAACAAGCUGGAGGUGCUGAUUUUAAAUGACAACCUCAUCAGCACCUUACCUGCCAACGUGUUUCAGUAUGUGCCGAUCACCCACCUCGACCUCCGGGGAAACCGACUUAAAACCUUGCCUUAUGAGGAGGUCCUGGAGCAGAUCCCAGGCAUUGCUGAAAUUCUGCUGGAAGAUAACCCUUGGGACUGCACUUGUGAUCUGCUAUCCCUGAAGGAGUGGCUGGAAAAUAUACCCAAAAAUGCUUUGAUCGGCAGAGUCAUUUGUGAAGCUCCUACUAGGUUGCAGGGCAAAGAUUUGAAUGAGACCACAGAGCAAGAGCUGUGCAGGAAAAACAGAGUGGAUUCUAGUCUAGCUGCUCCCCCUGCCGAAGAGGAAACCUGUGAUCCUGGUCCCAUUCCAACCCCCUUUAAAAUACAUGGCAUAGAAGAUCCUGCCACUCCCGGAUCUGCUCCAAACGGAGGUACAAAGAUCCCAGUCAACUGGCAAAUCAAGACCCGACCCACUGCUGCGGGCUCGACAAUUAGCGUGAAAAACAAGCUACCGACUAGCAUGCCCUGUCCGGAGAUCUGCAGCUGCGAUCAGAUCCCUGGCUCGGGUUUAAAGGUUAAUUGCAACGAAAGAAAUGUGAGCAGUUUGGUAGCUUUGAAACCCAAGCCGUCCAAUGUGCAGGAGCUGUUUCUGAGAGACAACAAAAUACAUACAAUCAGGAAAUCCCACUUUCUGGAUUACCGGAAACUUAACCUAUUGGAUCUGGGGAACAACAACAUCGCUACUGUGGAGAACAACACCUUCAAGAAUCUCUUCGAGCUCAGGUGGCUCUACAUGGAUAGCAACUACUUGGACACUUUGUCCCGCGAGAAAUUCACCGGGCUGCAGAACCUAGAGUAUCUGAAUGUGGAGUUUAAUGAGAUCCAGUUGAUUCAGCCCGGCACCUUCAAUGUAAUGCCCAAGCUCCGAGUCCUAAUCCUCAACAACAACCUGCUGAGGUCCCUUCCCGUGGAUGUGUUCGCUGGGGUCUCGCUUUCCAAGCUGAGUAUACACAAUAACUAUUUCAUGUAUCUCCCGGUGGCGGGGGUAUUGGACCAGCUCACGUCCAUCACCCAGAUCGAUCUGCAUGGCAACCCGUGGGACUGUUCAUGCCCGAUUGUGCCUUUCAAACAGUGGGCAGAGAUGCUGCGCCCCAAGGUGGUCAUGAGCGAUCUGAGGUGUGAAUCCCCAGAGGAUUUCUUUAAGGAGGAUUUCGAGUCCCUUGCCAACGACGUUAUUUGCCCGCAGCUCAAAAUAUCGCCCACCUUCACUUCCAAUAACAAAAACAGCACCGGGUUGGCAGAGACAGGGACUCACGCCAACUCCUACCUAGAGACCAGCCGGGUCUCCAUUUCGGUGCUGGUCCCAGGACUCCUGCUGGUUUUUGUCACCUCCGCAUUCACAGUAGUUGGCAUGCUAGUGUUUAUCCUGAGGAACAGAAAGCGUUCUAAGCGGAGGGACGCCAACUCAUCUGCAUCUGAAAUCAAUUCCUUACAGACAGUCUGCGAUUCUUCUUACUGGCACAACGGACCCUACAAUGCAGAUGGAGCCCAUAGAGUUUAUGACUGUGGCUCUCAUUCUCUAUCAGACUAAGGACUGGGGUCGGACAGGGGGCGAAAAAAGUAGGAAGCCAAUUCAAUUUUGCAGCGAGCAAUCCAGUGAUUAAAGAAUCCCUGAUCUGUGUAUUGCUGUCUCGUCUGCUAACGUCACUGCUAAAUAACGACAAGGGACGGUUCUUAACCCAAACUACCUUCUGUGAAAAUAACACACACACACAAAGCAAAAACUGUGGCGUAUUUCAGUGAGUGAAGGCCGGUUUUUUCAACGGACCCUUUAAGUAUAGCGACACUGAGGCGGUGCUUCGUGCAUCUGACUGUGUACUACCUUAGUUUGCAAUGGAAAGCAAGGUUCAACUUGGUUAAAGUCUUGCAGGGGUACCAUUGUUUUGUGGAUUAACCCAGUGUGGAUGGGCGGCGGUGGGGGGGGGGAGGGAACCUGGACGGUGGCCUCCUCCCCUUGAUAACAAAGCAGGAGUGAAACGUUGCACGAAGGCAUGAAUGUAAUGUAAAUAAACGACUGAUUAAAACAAACAAACAAAAAAAGUGCUGCAUGGCUCGCAUGGAUACAACGCACCCUAAGGACGCUCCUCCAGCACCCAACUGGAAACAGCGUCUAGUUCACACCACCAUCCCUCUUACCUGAUAAGUCCCAUCGUAUCAAACUUUCUAUAUACAAAAUACAGUAUAAUAAUAAAAAAGUGCCAUUUCGCCAUAUUUUGUGUGAUCGAUAGGCAGUAGAUAGAGAUCGUACUUUUACUGUGGAAACAAACAAAUGUAAAGAUUUUAUUUAAGACAUAUUUGCAUGGAUAUUCUCAUUGGUUCAUUUUCUGAGUUGAGGGUGGGGAUUUACUUUGUUGGGUGAAGUUCUUCUUUUUGGUUCGGUUACCGCUUUUUCUUUUUAAAUAUACAUAUCCAACAAUGCCUUUCCAUCUGAAUGUAAAAUUUAGUACCCUUGAUUUCUAUUAUGGUAACCGUGUAAACAUUCAAACAAAAACAAAAACAAAAAUAAGAGGCAGUAAAGCAUGACCAAUUAAUGUCACUCUAGUGCUUAGGCUGCAAAGUUUAAUGGUAGACAAUUGUGUGCUGUUGUAAAUCUUACUAUAACUUGAGGAAAUCAGAACUGAGGAAGCAAGUGAAACUUACUAAUUCUAUUCGAGGAUUUUAUAAUGGCAUAUUUUUUCAGUAUUAAAGUGAAAAUGUUUUCAA